AUGAACAACUUGAACCCGACCCAGCGGUCGGCCGUCGAGCAAUUGCAGACUUUGACCGACGGCAGCUGCGAUGCAGACACAACAAUAUCCGUGCUCGAGAGCGUCGACUGGGACAUCGAGAAAGCGGCAAACGUGCUCUUCGGUGACCACGAGACGUCCAGCUUUGCACGCAAUAACAUUACCGCCGACGACAACGCGAGUGCACGGAUUGACGUCGUUGACGACGACGACGAGGACGAGGACGAGAGCCGGCCUUUGACCGGUUCAGGUAGGAGGCGGGGCGCUCAGUCCAACUCGACCGUCUCGCACCUUCCCCGGCCCAGCAUGCUCUUCUCCCUCCUCGCUUUCCCCUUCAAUCUCAUCUCCGGCAUCCUGCGCACGCUCUACAUGCUCCUGCGGCUCCCCUUCGGGCUUGCGCCCACGCGCUUCUCCAGCCUCACCUUCCUCCGCGGGUUCUCCGCGGCCUCGCCCAAGUCCGUCGACCCGCAGAGCGCCGCAGACAGAUGGGUGCGCGCGCUCGAGGAGGAGACGGGCGCGACGUGCAUCAGCCGCGCGGGGCUGCUCGGGUCGGCGGUGGAGGACCUGGAGGCGGCCGCGCAGGACGGGAAGAAGGUGCUCCCGGACUUUGUGGUAAGCAGCUAUGAGGAGGCUCUCAGGAGGUGCGAGCGCGAGGCGCGGAUUGGCUGUGUGGUGCUCGUGAGCGAGGAGCAUGAUGAUGUAGCCGAGUUCAAGAGAACGACACUUACGGACCCGAAAUUCGUGCACCUGCUGCACUCGAACAAUUUCGUCGUCUGGGGCGGAGACGUCAGAGACCCAGACACCUGGAGCGCCUCGCAAAAACUCCAAGCAACCACCUUCCCCUUCGUCGCCUUCGUCGCCCUCCAGCCACGGCGUACAACCGGCUCCAGCACCACCACCGCUUCCUCCCCCGCCCUCUCCCUGACCGUGCUCUCGCGGCACCAAGGCCACGCCGCCACCGCGCCCGCCAAGCUCCUCAGCCACCUCGACUCCCAGCUCCUCCCUCGCGUCACGCCCGUCCUCGAGCGCACGCGCCAGACACGCGCACGCCAGGACCGUGACCGCGCCCUGCGCGCGGAGCAGGAGCGCGCGUUUGCGGAGGCCGCGCGACGGGACGCGGAGCGGCUGCAGGCGCGGAUGGAGGAGGAAAGGAGGAAAAGGGAGGAGGAGAGAAGGCGCAUGGAGGAGCGCGAGGCGGAGGCGUUCAGGCGCGAGAAGCGGGAGGCGGUAAGGAGGAGGCAGAGGAGGUGGGUGAGGAAAUUGGUGGAUCCGGUGAAGGACGGCGUGAGGGUCGCGGUGAGGAGCCCGAGCGGCGCGAGGAAGGUGGUCGUCCUCGACCCCGCCGCGAGUCUCACUGUGCUCUACGCAUACGUCGACGCGGAGGUGUUGAUGGGCGGCGUGGAUACGGACGCGCGCUCGUAUUCGGGAGAGGAUGCGUUCGGGGAAACAGACGUGCGCGAACAGAUCGAUUUGCUCGGCGGGGAUCCGGACAAAUGGUGGGGGUUCAAGCUUGCGCUCACGUACCCCCGGCGCGAGAUAGAGUGGCUGCCCGACAGGAGCAUCGCCGACGUGGAGGGGCUCAAAGGCGGCGCACAGCUCGUCGUGGAG